AUGGAAGAGGACCCGCUGAAGCAAUACGAGCAAUUGAAGUCCGACCUGUCAGAGGCUCUCAAGCAGCGGAGACAGUACGAGGACGAGUUGGAUGCGUUGCAGCAAGAGAUCUACGAUAAAGAGACGGAAUAUUUCACCUCGACCACGUACAUCAGUUCCCUGACGAGCAAACCGCUAUACAUCCCCGGAAAUAUCAUUAAGGGAUUCGAAGGGUUCUCCAAAGCACAGCACCACAGCGGCGGGUCCAACUCCGCCGCGAACGACUACCACGGCGGGAUCCCGAACGAGGACAGAAUCUUCUCGUUGUCCAGCGCAGCGUUCCAGCCAAAACUGCCACACAACACAAACCAACAACCACCGUCCCAGCAGGAGACCAAUGUACAAGCAACACAGAGUAACGACUCCAAUGGCGGCUAG